AUGAGUAUUUCACAUUCACGUGGAUCCUCCCAAUGCAGUUUGCAACUUGAGAACGACGAAGUGACGACGUUCUUUUUCCCGGUUAAUACCAAGCGCGUAAUACGAUGCCUAUCCUGUGAAACUCCUAGGAUAUCCUCCUACCGCGCGCCGGACCACUCCUCUGACUUCCUUACACCCCUAUCCCAGCUUAGAUUCAAAUCCCAACCCCUCAGGGGUCUCUCCAAUAGUCGGCUUGGCUCCCUGGUUGACCUGACGGAACAACCGGUCAGCCGUGACAGGUACACGGAGUCCUCCUCCAAGGACUUCCCCAGGGACUACUCGUGGGUUUUAACCAACGGUGACACAAACAGGGAUCGAGGCCACACCCCCAUACGGCGUUACAACAGUUCUAAAAGAGAACGAACGCCCUACAUAAACAUGAAGUACGCCACGUAUCACCUGCCGCCGCUGCAGAGCUUUGACAGGGAGAAUACGGGAAAGACGGUGGCCUGUGUGGGGGAUCGCACGCCCUUGUGCGUCAGAAAACAAACGUGA